UCCCUUUUCCGUUUUCCUGUUUUUGGUAACUUUAAGGAAAAGGAAAAACGAUAAAUCUACCGAAGAGCUCAGGUUGCGCAGCGUUUCAGUCAUUUGACACAGUACGGCGUGUUUGUUUCUCGUCUUUUCUCCCCGGCAGGUCAGCACAACAUGCUCACAGCAUUUCAAAGCAAAAAGAGACGCCCUUUCCUUCGAGCUCGGCAGGGCAGAACGUGGGCAUUGUGUUUCUUGGUCCGUGCACUGCCCCGUUGGUCAUUGGUGUGCUGGUAGCUCUUUGUCUCAGAGCAGCUGACAUCUUCGGUGGUGGAUAAAUAUCGAUUCUUGGACUUGUAUCUUCUCCUGAUGUAGCUUUGAUUAGCUGCUGGAUCUUUUCAGUCCAAGUUUGUGAUCCCACAAAAGAGUCAAAUAAGAGGUGGGAAGGUGUUCCACGGUGGCUCAUUAAGGCCGCCCCUUAUUUCCAAGAGGAAUAUCUCGUGCGCUCUUUCUCAAUCUGAUGAUGCCUUCACUACUUACAAGGACCAAGAGAAAAGCCGGACUAAGGUUAAGAUGUGUGGAAUUACAUCCCCUAGGGAUGCCGCUAUGGCAGCGGAAGCGGGAGCUGAUUAUAUUGGGAUGAUUAUCUGGCCCAACUCAAAACGUUCGGUAUCACUCCCCACUGCAAAGGAAAUCUCUAAGGUUGCAAGGGAACAUGGGGCACUUCCUGUCGGAGUCUUUGUGGAUGAUGAUGCAGAGACAAUAUUAAGGGCUUCUGAUGAAGCUAAUCUCGAACUUGUUCAGCUUCAUGGAGAUGGUUCCCGUGCUGCAUCUCCUGUUUUAGUAAAAGAAAGAAGAAUAAUUUACGUUCUUCACGCAAAUGAAGAAGGUGACCUGGUGAAUCAGAUCUCAGAGGGGGAAUCUUCCCUAUACAACUGGAUUCUUGUAGAUAGCGCGAAAGGUGGCAGUGGCAAAGGAUUUAACUGGGCACAGUUCAAGCUACCAAGAAGUAGAAGCAAGCACGGAUGGCUUUUAGCAGGAGGAAUAAAUCCCGAGAAUGUUUCUGAAGCUCUCUCUAUUCUCAAACCCGAUGGGAUCGAUGUUAGCAGUGGAAUUUGUGGUUCAGACGGAAUAAACAAGGAUCAGCUUCGGAUAUCGUCUUUCAUGACUGCGGUACGCUCUAUGCACCAAUAAUGCACUUCUCACAAGGCAAAAAAUCAUUGGAGAAACCUCGCUGUAAUAACAAAUCAAACUGGUGUAAGUCCAGUUUCUUGUCAACUUCGCAUUGAACCAACAUUCUUGUCUCUCAGUUCAUUCACGAUUCAAUUGCUUGUACAUUGUCUUAAACCGUGUACUGUGUAUCAUGUAAGAGUUGGCUCUCUGGAAGGUGAUAACGGUACUUGUGAAUAA